AUGGAGGGAAAUUCUAAAUUUUACGAGGGUUGUGGACAAGAGGGUCCGAUUCGGUGUAUAUUUUUGUGUGAAUUCCACCCAACAGCUGGGCCGAGGAUAACUUGCCAAGUACCAGAGAACUAUAUAUCCAAAGAGAUCUUUGAUACUGUCAGCCAUUAUAUUAUACCAAAGGUGCAAUUACAAAGGUGCACCCUCACGGUAACACUGCUUGGCUCCAAAAUCCUUGGGUUCCCUGUAAGAAUAGACAACAAGAAAUAUGCCAGAAAUGCAUACUACUUCAAUCUUUGCUUCGUAUGUGACGCGUGGGCGAGAACAGUACAUUUAGAACCCCUUGUGAAGAAACUCACAGAAUAUCUGUUGUCAAUGGAGUUAGAAACAGAAUGGCUGUCGAAACAGUCGUUAUCCGGUGAUGCGAAGGCCCUAAGUGGUCUCAUGAGGCAGGUCAUGCAAGAUAUAAACUCGAGAAGAAUGUGUACACUUACGGUUGGUACUACCACUACUCACCUAACCGUGGUACGAGUCAACAACGACCCGGCACCGGUCAAAGACCACCAGGUACCUGUGUUCCUGUACAGCCGACAGUCUUUUGUAGCGGACCAAUGGGACUUGACCACUAACCAGAUCCUGCCCUACAUAGAUGGCUUCAACCACGUGUCCAAAAUCGCCGCGCUGACAGACGUGGAGAUAAGUUUGGUCCGCGCCUGUGUUCAGAACCUGGUGUACUACGGAGUGGUCACUCUUGUACCAAUCUUCCAAUACUGUGCUGUGUACAGUGCAACUCCUAAGCUAAGACAGCUGACGCGCUGCCCAGGAUUGCAGAGGCAGUGUGUUGAAUUCUGCGCGAGAUCACCGAGACAGCUACCAAAAGUGAGCGAUCUAUUUCGCAUGUACGCGGGAAUGACUUACGGCAGCACGAUACGAGACCUCUGCAGGCGGAUGAAGCCGCAAGACCUGGCCAUCAACGAGAGGAAGCUGGUGCUGUUUGGAGUGCUGGAAGGAUUGAUAAGGCGAGUUUAUAAGUACCCAGUAACCGUGCACAACGACACAUCAUCUGUGCGCAGUUCGCACAGCGCAUGCGUGGCGCGCACGUACAACGGACUCGUGUGUAUGGACGAACUGUGCUGCCAGACCGGUAUACCCGUCUCGCUUCUAGAGGAGCAGAUGGAGAGAGACAGCGAUGUUGUUUUCAUCGUCAAGUAG